UAUCAGUGUACACCCAGAUCAACUUGCAUGCAAUUCUUUCAGUUUAAUAGUAAUUUGGAGUCUUGAAUAUUAUACGUAUAACGCAACUACACAAUAAAAGAUAAUUGUAGUCUUUAUAAAAAAUUAACAAUAAAACGACAAUAAAUUUUGAAAAAAGAAAGAAAGAAGAACUGCAGAGUCUGCAAUCUGCAUUGUGUAGUAAAACAUUUUCUGAGGCUCUAUAAUUGGUCCCUAGCUAACUCGGUGAGUAAGAAUCGAAGAUAGAAAUGGGCAAUAACAAAACACAAAGCGUUUCAAUUGUCUUUCUCUUGAGUUUCCUUGCAUUGGUUUGUUGUAGCAAUGCAGGAGACAUGGUGGUAUACUGGGGCCAGAACGAGAAGGAGGGAUCACUGACGGAAACAUGCGACUCUGGACUGUACAAAAUAGUGAACAUAGCCUUUCUGUCAGCAUUUGGCAGCGGGCGCAAACCCCAAGUGAAUCUAGCAGGUCACUGCGACCCCGCAUCAAACGGUUGCAAAAGUUUGAGCAAAGAAAUAAAAAGUUGCCAGAACAGAGGCAUCAAGGUGCUGAUCUCAAUCGGAGGUGGCAACCCGGGUUACUCGUUGUCAUCCGCAGGAAAUGCAAGAACCGUAGCAGAUUACAUAUGGAACAACUUCUUGGGAGGAAAAGCAGGGUCAAGGCCUCUGGGUGAUGCAGUGUUGGAUGGUGUGGAUUUUGACAUUGAAGUUGGUGGUGGCGAAGGGUUCUAUGGUGUGCUUGCAAGGAGGCUCUCUGAGCAUGGAAAAGGUGGCAGAAAAGUGUACUUAACAGCUGCACCUCAGUGUCCCUUCCCUGAUGAGCAUCUUAAAGGGGCAUUGUCAACGGGGCUGUUUGACUAUGUGUGGGUUCAGUUUUACAACAAUGGACCGUGUCAGUUUGAGUCUAGUAACCCUGGCAAGUUCCAGAAAUCGUGGAACAAGUGGGUGUCGUCCAUUAAGGCUAGAAAGAUUUAUGUUGGAGUUCCUGCUUCUUCAUCUGCAGCUGGUAGUGGGUUUGUGACAACGCAACAACUGAAAGCACAAGUGUUGCCAUUUGUCAAAAAGUCUAGCAAGUAUGGGGGAGUGAUGCUGUGGGAUAGAGCUGCUGAUAAGCAAACUGGAUAUUCCACAAACAUCAAGGCCAGUGUUUGAAGUUAAUGCCUUCCCUUCUCUUGUGUUGUGGCUUUAUUCUGUUAAAUUCAGUUUCCUUGUAACUAGUUUGGUUUGGGGUACUCAAGCUAAUGCUAUAUAUAAAAUGGCAUUUCUC